AUGAUGAUCAAGAAGAAAGAUCACGUAGUCCCAGUGAUUUUUGUUUUUGUUUUGUUGGUUUGGCUUAGUACUAGAGUAUUUUUGUUGGGCUCGGCGCAGAAGAGUAGUACAACAAAUAAUAACAGAUCAAUAGAAGUCAAUGUUGGGGUGAUUCUAGACUUGGAAACGACGUUUGGGAAGAUGGGGUUGCGCUGCAUCAACAUGGCAAUCUCCGAUUUCUAUGCAUCCAAUCCUCACUACAACACCAGAUUGAUUCUCCACACUAAGGGCUCCAAAUCUGAUGUCGUUGGAGCUGCUGCUGCAGACAUGAUGAUCAAGAAGAAAGAUCACGUAGUCCCAGUGAUUUUUGUUUUUGUUUUGUUGGUUUGGCUUAGUACUAGAGUAUUUUUGUUGGGCUCGGCGCAGAAGAGUAGUACAACAAAUAAUAACAGAUCAAUAGAAGUCAAUGUUGGGGUGAUUCUAGACUUGGAAACGACGUUUGGGAAGAUGGGGUUGCGCUGCAUCAACAUGGCAAUCUCCGAUUUCUAUGCAUCCAAUCCUCACUACAACACCAGAUUGAUUCUCCACACUAAGGGCUCCAAAUCUGAUGUCGUUGGAGCUGCUGCUGCAGUUUUGGACCUAAUCAAGAACGUUCAAGUACAAGCAAUAAUUGGGCCAGUAACAUCAAUGGAGACCAACUUCAUAAUCGAUCUCAGAGAAAAAGCCCAAGUCCCAAUCAUUACAUUCUCCGCCAAAAGCCCAUCUCUCGCCUCCCUGCGGAGCUCCUACUUCUUCCGAGUCGCCGCGAACGACUCGGCUCAGGUCGGCGCCAUCGGCGCCAUCGUCAAGGCCUUCGGAUGGCGGCAAGUCGUCCCGAUCUACGUCGACAACGAGUACGGCGAGGGCGUCAUUCCGUACCUCACCGACGCCUUACAAGCCGUCGACGCGCGCGUGCCCUACCGGAGCGUGAUCCCACCGGCGGCCUCCGAUGACUACAUCACCGCCGAGCUUUACAAGCUCAUGACAAUGCCGACAAGAGUCUUCGUCGUCCACAUGUUGCCGGAUCUCGGGUCUCGGAUUUUUGCCAAGGCGGAGGAGAUCGGAAUGAUGAGCGACGGUUACGUUUGGAUUGUGACCGAUGGAAUCUCCGAUUUCAUGAGCACCUUAAAUUCAUCUGUCCUCGAAUCCAUGCUAGGCAUUUUAGGAGUGAAGUCUUACGCUCCGAAGACGAAGGCGCUUGAGAAUUUCACCACCAGAUUCCACCGCGAGAAUCCGACGGUUCCGUUGGUCGUCUUCGGGCUCUGGGCGUAUGACACCGUUUUCGCCUUGGCCAUAGCGGUCGAGGAGAUCACGAAAACCGCUAACUUCAAUUUCAAACGGACGAACUUUUCUAGAAAUUCCACCGAUUUGGAAUCCUUCGGGAUUUCUGAAGACGGUCCGGAACUCGUCGAGGCAUUGUCAAGGACGAGAUUCAGAGGCCUUUCUGGAGAUUUCAAGCUUGUAAACGGGCAAUUACAGACGCCUACUUAUGAGAUAAUUAAUGUUAAUGGAAGCGGGGAAAGAAGACUAGGGUUUUGGACGUUUGAGAGUGGAUUGAUGAGAAAGUUGGAUUUGAGAAAUCGAAGCACAUAUUCUACUUCUAAUACGAGCUUAGGACCUAUAAUUUGGCCUGGGGAUUCGAACUCUAUUCCCAAAGGAUGGCAGAUUCCGACGCAAGGGAAGAGAUUGAAGAUAGGUGUUCCGGUGAAGAAAGGCUUUGAGGAGUUUGUGAAUGUGUCGUUUCCUUUCUCAAACGAUACUGUUACAGGGUACAGUAUAGAUGUGUUCAAGGCCGUUUUAGGUGCUCUGCCUUAUUCUGUUUCGUUCGAGUUUGUUCCCUUUGCGAAUGCCCAAGGCAAGGCUGCUGGCACUUACAAUGAUUUCGUCUACCAAGUGUUUGUUGGGAACUUGGAUGCGGCAAUUGGGGACAUAACGAUCAGAGCAAAUAGGUCUUUGUAUGUGGACUUCACAUUGCCAUAUACAGAAUCUGGUGUAUCAAUGAUAGUACCAUUUAAAAAAGAUAAAAGCAAAAGUGCAUGGGUGUUCAUGGAGCCUCUGACUUGGGAUCUUUAGGUAGCAAGUGGAUGUUUCUUCAUUUUUAUUGGGUUUGUUGUGUGGAUUCUUGAACAUCGUAUAAAUGAAGACUUCCGCGGGCCCCCACAUCAUCAAGUUGGAACAAGCUUUUGGUACUCUUUCUCUAUCAUGGUUUUUGCACAUCGGGAAAAAGUUGUGAGUAACUUGGCAAGGUUUGUGGUGAUCAUAUGGUGCUUUGUGGUGCUUAUACUCACUCAAAGCUACACCGCUAGUUUGACUUCGCUUUUAACGGUUCAACAGCUGCAACCAAGAGUUACCGACGUGAACCAGCUCCUGAAGAACAGGGAGAACGUCGGCUUCCAAUCAGGUUCUUUUGUCGAAGGAAUUCUAAAGCAACUGGGCUUCGACGAGUCCCAAUUCAAGAGAUACAAUUCUCCUGAAGAAUUAUAUAAACUCUUUGCGAAUGGGAGCAGAAAGGGUGGUAUAUCUGCUGCUUUUGAUGAAAACCCGUACAUGAAGCUUUUUCUUGCAAAAUAUUGCUCCAAGUUUACCAUGGUUGAACCAACAUUUAAAGCUGAUGGCUUUGCAUUUGUCUUCCCAAAGGGUUCACCUUUGGUUCCUGACAUUUCAAGGGCAAUACUAACAGUGACGGAGGGAAAUCAAAUGAAGGACAUUGAAAAGAUUUGGUUCAAAAAAGAACCCAGCUGUCCAGACCCCAACAACAAGUAUUAUUCCCAAAGUCUCGGCCUCGAAAGCUUUAAGGGACUUUUCCUAAUCGCCGGCAUUACGUCAUUAUCAGCUCUAAUCAUAUACGUGGCCAUGUUUCUUUACGAGCAAAGAGAUGUCUUCAUGAGCUCUGAUCUAGAGGCUUCUCUUUGGAAGAGAAUUCAAACCGUUUUUAUCAAUUUUGACCAAAAGGACCUGAGAUCACAUACUUUCAAAAAGAGCGAAGUGGGAGACAGAUGCAUUGCCGAUGUAGUAUCAUCUCCGAACACCAACUGCCCGCCAAGUCCUUCGAGCUAUUCAGUUCAUACUGAUUCGAACUUUGUGUUUACGGAGCAAGGAACGCCUUCAGGAACUGAGAAUGACCCUACAAGCCCAAAUGGUGCUCAAUCAACUGACGAAGAAAUAGUUUCUGAUGUAGAGCUUACUUUCCCCAGGCAAAUGACGUCCAUAACUCCUUAUUAGAAGCCAGAUGAAUGAAAAUAUAGGCAGUAAAAAUUAUUGAUUGAUUACCCUAAGAUUUUUAUAAACUCAUGUCAGCUACACAGAAACUACACCUCAACUAAAUUAGCUUGAGUUUUUAGGCGUUUGUAGUUGUGAAUAAUAAUGUAUAAGUAGAUUUUAACUUUUUUGUUGUAACUUGUAAAUAUGUAAAUAUAUUUCUCGCUCAUAGCGAUUUCAUAAA